UUCCAGAAAUUUCUUUUGACAAUAAGGGAAAGCUGAGACUUUAUUAAUCACUGUGGAACUUUUCUGAUGCAUCUUGGAAUAAGGAUGGCGAGGGAUGAUAGCAUUUAUGGAAGCAGAAUUCCCUUGGUUCUCUUUUUAUGUCAAAUUAUUGCAGCCUUGGAUGUACCUCUUGAUCUGCCACAGCCUCCAACGAUAACACAGCAAUCUCCAAAAGACUAUAUCAUUGAUCCAAGGGAACCUAUUGUAAUACAGUGUGAAGCAAAAGGAAAGCCACCACCUACCUUCUCAUGGACACGUAAUGGAACUCACUUUGACAUAGAUAAGGAUGCACGGGUAAGAAUGAAGCCACACUCAGGAACUCUUAUAAUAAAUAUCAUUAAUGAAGAAAAUGGAGGAAAGGCAGAAUCAUAUGAAGGAGUUUAUCAGUGCACAGCAAGAAAUGAGCUUGGAGCAGCAGUUUCCAAUAAUAUUGUCAUACGUUCAUCAAGAUCCCCUUUAUGGACUAAAGAAAAAAUAGUUCAAAAAACGCUAACUGAAGGUCAAUAUGCAAUACUGCCUUGUGGGCCACCCAUGGGAUUACCGCCACCUGUAAUAUUUUGGAUGGAUAACUCUUUUCAAAAGCUGCCUCAAAAUAAUAGAGUUUCCCAGGGUCUAAAUGGAGAUCUUUAUUUUUCUAAUGUAAUACCAGAAGAUACCCGUCAAGAUUAUAUAUGUUAUGCAAGAUUUAACCACACUCAAACUAUUCAGCAGAAGCAACCAAUUUCAUUAAAAGUUGAACCUGUGGAUUCAUUGAAUGACACUAUAGCUGCUAAUAUGAGUGACUCUGAUAGUUAUGUUGCCAGGUUAUAUCCAGAAAGACGCCCAAGUCUUCUAACACCCUCUGGCAGCACAAGUAGUAAAACAGAAUUAAGAGGAAACACCCUUAUGUUGGAGUGCAUUGCAGAAGGAUUACCUACACCAGUUAUCCGUUGGAUUAAAGAAGGUGGUGAGCUUCCUGCCAACAGGACUUUCUUUGAAAAUUUUCAUAAAACGCUCAAAAUCAUAGAUAUUUCUGAAGCUGAUUCUGGAAAAUAUAAAUGUAUGGCAACAAAUCCUUUGGGUUCUGCUCACCAUGUUAUUAUGGUAAUUGUCAAAGCUGCACCUUACUGGAUAAGAGAACCAACAAACCUUGUAUUAUCUCCUGGAGAAGAUGGUUCUUUGAUAUGCAGAGCUAAUGGCAAACCCAAACCCAGCAUAAGCUGGUUGUCGAAUGGCGUUCCCAUUGACAUUGCUCCUGAAGAUCCUAGCAGAAAAGUAGAUGGUGAUACAAUUAUUUUCACUGAUGUCCAGGAAAGGUCCAGUGCUGUUUACCAGUGUAACGCCUCUAAUGAAUAUGGUUAUCUUUUGGCAAACGCAUUUGUGAAUGUUUUAGCUGAGCCACCAAGAAUCCUCACGCUACAGAAUAAACUCUAUCAAGUCAUUGAGAACAAACCUGCACUGUUGGAUUGUGCUUUUUUUGGUUCACCAGUGCCUGAAAUUGAAUGGUUUAAAGGAGUAAAGGGUAGUGUUCUCCAGGGAAAUGAGUAUGUUUUCCAUAAAAAUGGCACCUUGGAAAUUCCUGUGGCCCAGAAGGAUAGCAGUGGCACGUACACCUGUGUAGCAAGAAAUAAACUAGGGAAGGCACAAAAUGAAGUUCAAUUAGAAAUCAAGGAUCCAACCAUGAUUAUUAAGAAGCCUGAAUAUAAAGUUGUACAACGGACGGGGCAGGUUUCCUUUGAAUGUACAAUUAAACAUGAUGCUACCUUAAUACCCACAGUAACAUGGCUGAAGAACAAUGGUGAAUUACCAAAUGAUGAAAGGUUUGUUGUUGGUAAAUCCAACUUGACCAUUAUGAAUGUCACUGAUAAAGAUGGUGGAGCAUAUACUUGCAUAGCUAAUACCACUCUGGACAGUGUAUCUGCAAGUGCUGUGCUCACUGUUGUUGAUCGUCCCGAUCCACCUUUUGACUUAGAACUGACAGAUCAUCUAGAAAGAAGUGUUCAGCUUGCAUGGAUACCAGGCAAUGACAAUAAUAGUCCCACCACAAAAUUCAUCGUUGAAUAUGAAGAUGCCAUGCGUGAACCAGGGGUAUGGAACUACCAGACAGAAGUACCUGGCUUCCUCACAACUGUGCAAUUAAGGCUGUCACCCUAUGUUAAUUAUUCAUUCCGUGUAAUAGCUGUCAACGAGAUAGGACGGAGCCAGCCAAGUGAAGCCUCUGAACAAUACUUUACAAAAGUUGCAAAACCAGAUGACAAUCCUAGCGGUGUUCAAGGGAAUGGAUCAGAACCAGAUAAUUUGGUGAUCAUGUGGGAGCCUUUAAGACAUUUUCAGUCCAAUGGUCCAGGGCUUCGGUACAAAGUCAGUUGGCGGCAGAAGGAUGGUGAUGAUGAAUGGACAUCUGUUACAGUUGCAAAUGUAUCUAAAUAUAUUGUGUCUGGUACUCCUCCAUUUGCUCCAUAUGAGAUAAAAGUACAGGCCAUAAAUGACUUAGGAUCAGCACCUGAACCUAUAACAACAAUUGGAUAUUCUGGGGAAGACUUGCCAAUGGUUGCCCCCAGCAAUUUGCAGGUGCAAGUUAUAAACAGCACAUUAGCAAAAGUGCAGUGGGAUCCAGUUCCACUGAAGUAUAUCCGAGGUCAUCUUCAGGGAUACAAAAUUUACUACUGGAAAGUGAAAAGUUUAGCUGGAAGAAUUAAGCGGCAUGCAGAAAAAAAGAGUUUGGUUUUCAGUGGAAACAAGACCCAUGGAAUGGUGCCAGGAUUGGAGCCCUAUAGCUCUUACAAACUGAAUGUCAGAGUGUUUAAUGGGAAAGGAGAAGGACCACCAACACCUGAUGAAACGUUUAAAACUCCUGAAGGAGUUCCCAGUGCACCCUCCUUUUUGAAGAUUACUAAUCCAAGUCUGGACUCUCUCACUUUGGAAUGGGGUCCCCCUUCUCAUCCAAAUGGUGUUCUGGUAGGAUAUACAUUGAAGUUUCAACCAAUUAAUAAUACACAUGAAUUAGGCCGCUUGCAAGAGAUUGAUAUUCCAGCCAAUGAGACCAGCUGGAUAUUAAGAAGCUUAAAUUACAGUACUCGAUACAAGUUUUAUUUCUAUGCACAUACAUCAAUUGGCUCUGGAAGCCAAAUAACAGAGGAGGCAGUAACAAUUAUGGACGAAGUGCAACCAUUGUAUCCAAGGAUCAAAAAUGUUACGGCAAGUGCUGCUGAGACCUAUGCCAAUGUCAGUUGGGAAUUUGAGGGUCCAGUUCAUGAGAACAUUUAUGUUGAAUAUGGUGUGGCAGGCAGCAAAGAAGAAAUGAAAAAAGAAAAUAUUAAUGGUUCCCGGACCUUCUUUGUGUUAAAAGGAUUAACACCAGGAACAUCUUAUAAAGUCCGGGUUGGUGCUGAGGGUCUUUCUGGUUUUAGGAGUUCAGAGGCUGUGUUUGAGACAGGUCCAGCAAAGGCAAGUCGUCAGGUUGACAUUGCUACUCAAGGAUGGUUCAUUGGUCUUAUGUGUGCAGUUGCUCUUCUAAUCUUGAUUUUGCUGAUCGUUUGUUUCAUACGGAGAAACAAAGGUGGAAAGUAUCCAGUGAAAGAAAAGGAGGAUGCUCAUGGUGAUCCAGAAAUACAGCCUAUGAAAGAAGAUGAUGGAACACUUGGUGAAUACAGUGAUGCUGAUGACCACAAGCCUCUAAAAAAAGGAAGCAGGACACCUUCAGACAGGACUGUGAAAAAGGAGGACAGCGAUGAUAGUUUAGUUGACUAUGGAGAAGGGGUCAAUGGUCAGUUCAAUGAGGAUGGCUCUUUUAUUGGACAAUACAGUGGUAAAAAAGAGAAAGAACCUGCAGAAGGAAAUGAAAGUUCUGAGGCUCCUUCUCCAGUUAAUGCAAUGAAUUCAUUUGUCUAGAUAAAGAAGCUGUGCCCCAUUCCGACAACAUUGCCAUUAUUUUUUCAAGCACUUGUACGUCAUCCCCAUGUUAUGGACAUGAAGAAAACCAAUGUUUUACCCAGCAAAGUGUUUAUGCUCUAAGUACAUAUAGGUGAAACCGUUACUCUAUAUAACAACAGUAAGUAUGAAUCAUAAUGCAAAACUGGAAACAUUUUGCACAGAACUUGCU